AUGGCGCUCUCUCUGCCUCCCGAAAUUCUCGACCAGAUUUUCUCUUAUCUGACAUCCGAGUGGCAGGAAGAGUCCCAGGCUUUAGCUGGAUUAUUUAACGUACAGCAAUUCAACUGGCAUGUCUACGCGAGCGUCUGCAAACAAUGGCAAGCUUUUGUUGAGAGAAAAAAUUUCACGGACAUACACCUCACCCCUGCUCGGCUCCCGGAGUUUUGCCGAAUAUUCGGUCUUUCCAGCCACGAGCCCUCGAGCUUGUCCAAAUAUCGACGCCGCCUACUCAAGAGUCUUACUUUUAAGGUGGUUCUUCCAGAGUAUGAUGUGGAGACCCGUGCGCGAGUUGAGAACAAAACAGAUCGCAACCAAAAUAGCCAGAUCUUCACGGAUGGGGUGAAGGCUCUCUGGGAAGUUCUAAGCACAUGGCCCGAGAGCAGUCAGCGUCCGCUUUCCUUGCGUUUAUGUGCUCAAUCCCCUAGCGAUCAUCUAGCACGUCAUGAUAGCGAUGCAAUGCUCACUCGAUUUCAAGAAAGAUUUGAGACUGGGGACAUCCUUGGCGACAGAUAUGAAAAUUCCUUCCUGGAGCUGAAGGAGGACCUGGAGCGACCGAUCAAAAUCAUCGAUGAAUUUAUUAUCGAAACAAUCAUCUAUCGGCAGAUCACCCCAGUUGCUGCACUCCAUAUCAUAUCUCGCCUGCCUCGGCUGAAAACCGUCAACCUUCAGAUCAACGAUCCUGAAUUGAAUGGUGACAAGGAAGAGAAAUUCCGAGAUCGUCUACGUCAAGAGUUUUCUCGGAGCAUUUCCGAUCUGCCUCAGUCUGUGGACACUUUCAGGCUAGACUACGCUGCAACUCCCCUCUACGAGAAACGCCCCGCGUUACAGAGAUCUCUUCCUGGAUGUGACAGUCUUAGUUUGGCUCUACACAAUAUGAGCCAGCAGUUGGUUUACAUUGAAUUGCUGAAUAUCAUGAUUAGUCCAGAGCUUUUCUGGUCACCUGGCAAUACAACACAGUGGCCUAAGCUGCAAACUUUCCACUUGUCGUUCGCAAGUGCUACUUGUUCGGGAGAAUGGCUGCUCGAAAAAGACCCAAGAUGGCGAACCCAAAUGGUCAAUCCUUUUACUGGUGAAAUCGAGCCAGAUGACGUUCCUCCCCCCGAUUACAUGCUCCCUGAUGUGUUCCGUAUCAAGCCUACCGAGGCCAUUAAUACAUUGUACGUUGCUGCUGGGCAGGCUGCCCAAAAUAUGCCUCAACUUAAGUCCAUGAAAAUCGUCUCUCUUGCUUUUACAGUGGAGGAGAACGGGCUGGAAUACCUCUUCGACGAAAUGGCCGAGCACUGGCUUAACUAUCAACGGUCCGAAGGCAAAGCCACGUGGAUUAGUACCAGUGAAUUUCACCCGUCGAACGAAGUUCGUGAGACCUGGAACGAGGUCGCAAAGAGCCACGGGCACCGGGAGGCUACCAUUGAGAACCUGGGUUUCCAUGGCAGGGCACCUCAUUGGGAAGAUGACCCUCGUGAUUUUGAUGAAUCCUACAGGGAACAAGAACAGUGCUUUUCAUGGGAUAAUUACCAAGAGGAUGAUCACUAA